AUUUAUUUGUGCAACAAAAUGGACGAUGAAUUUCUCGCCAAUUGGUUAACUAUUUUAUCUUAAAGAGAGUAUGAUAUUUAGUAUGGAUGUAGACUCCAUUAUUGAAGAAUUCACUAUAUUAAAAUUUAUAAGAUCGACGUGUAAAAUAUAUGAUAUUGUAAAAAAAAUUAUAUUUUUUUACAGUAUUUAAUUUUCUAAUGAAAUGCGGUUUAGUGGUGUAUUGUGUCUAUGAUAUGCACGCGCCCGCUCCCGCGCGUGCGUGAUGUACGCGACGAUGUGGGCGUUCACGUUCCAGUGCGGCGCCAUGAUGGCGACCCGGUACAGGUGUCCCUUCUGGGCGCUGAGGCGGAGGAAGCGGAGGACGGGGAGGUUGUGGCUGUUGACGCCGGUGAGCCGCCUCGCUCACGAGUUGUACACGUCGGCGCGUGAGGGGUCGUUGAUGUUCUGCUUCACCCUGUCGGUGCAGAACGUCUCCUCCAUGCCGAGAAAAGCUCUUACAUCAGGGGAGUAGGCAGGAUUUUAUGGAGGGUGGGUCCAUUUAGAAAAAAAUAUAUAUGAUAAAAUAAUUUUGUUAAAUGAUU